CCGACCGGGCGAGAACUCCCUCUACACGGAAUAAAAUGUCGCUCUCAUCUAUCCUUUGCGCUGAUGCCAUCGACUGUGCUAUCAAGGACUGCCAAGGACCAGACUCCUUCUGCCCCAAGAAGUUUUUCCAGACCUGUGGCCUCACCAAGAAGAGCCCCCAGGAUGUGAAGAAGGUUUUCGGGAUCCUGGACAAUGAUGGCAGUGGUUUUGUUGAGGAGGAAGAGCUCAAGUUUUUCCUCCAGAGAUUUUCCCCCACGGCUCGAGUCCUGACAGACAAGGAGACCAAGGCCUUCCUGUGUGCUGCUGAUGAUGACAGUGAUGGCCGGAUUGGAGCAGAAGAGUUCCAGGCCAUGGUCUUAAACAACUAAACAACUGGACUCCAUCUCUUCAACUUCAUCUGACCCCCCCGAACCUGCUC